GGUGGGUGUGGGUGGGUGGAGAGGGCUUUGAGCUCAGAGCAGGGCCAGGGGCCAGGAGUCCCUGGCACCAGCCCACCUCUGCUCCUGACUGCUGAUGUCCUGGGUGAGUCCCUCUCACUCUCUGAGCCCCAGUCUCCUCCAUGACCCCAGACCCUUCUGGAUUCUUCCCAGGCCUCUGGGCCUGUGGUUCUCUGGGCUGGCUGCCUCUGUACAUGGUCUUUUGGUGCUUCCUUACUGCUUUUCAGCUUGACUCUAGGCCCUUUCCUCAUCCUCAUCCUCAUCCUUUCUCAGCUUAGCUCCAACUUCUGUAGCUCCCUUCCCUGCUCUCCUUGGAGGCUUGGCUGGCCCAGCCAGGCACCAAGAGGGGCUUCGUCCCCAGUUUGUGAAGGUGUGGGGACGUGGCUAGUGAGAAGAUGCUGCUUUGCUCCUCAGAGCCAUCUGGCCCGGAGCUCCAAGAGGCCGUAAGCAAAGGCACUUCUGAGCACGUCUUCUCCAACCUGGAGCCUGCCACAGCCUACACCAUCCAUUUGCGGGCCUACUCAGCAGAGGGUGCCAGUCAGGACCCUGCUCCCAUCUUUGCCUCCACCAUGGGCAGCACCCCUGCUGCCCUGGGCUUCUCCACCAAAGUGCUGAAUGCCACCUCUGUGCAGGCCUCCUGGGAGCUGCCACCCCAGCUGGGGCCCAUCCAAGGCUUCAAACGUUCACCGCAAGCUGCCUGCUGCCCAUUUUCAGGGGCCUCUGCUCCUGGCCAGCAGUGUCAGCUCCUUCCUCUACAGACCUGGAACCGACUGCUCUCUAUGAGAUCAAGCUGCAGGCGUUCAAUGGCAAUGGGGAUGGAAAUAGCAGUGCCCGCUUUGUCUCAUUGCGUGAUGUGCCCCUGGCCACUCCUGAUGGCACAGUGUCCACAGAGUCCAAGACUGGGUGCUCUUGCAGCCAGGGUGAGAGCAGCCCACUGCCUGGGGUUGUGGUGGGCAUCCACGUGGGCCUGGCUGCCCUCAUCGUUUGCCUCCUCUGCCUCUUCCUGGGCUGGAGACAUAGCUAAGGGCCAGCCUCCUCUGCAAACAGGAGUCCCAGGAAUGCUGGGCAGUGCCUCGGACUGCCUCGGACAGAACUGGGGGCCAUCAAGGCCAGACUCAGAGUGGAGGGAAGCUGGGGGAGAAGACUGAACUCACCACCCAGGUGACUGUGGAACAGCUGGCCUUGGCCUAGGGCCCUCCAAGUUGGCUUCCUCCGAGAUGCCACUAACUCCAGAUACACCAAAGAAUCUACCUCACCUGUCCCUGUCACCCCAGAGUCAGGAAAGAACCAAAAGUCCCUCAGCUCCUCUCUGGGGAGGGGCAGGACUGGCCAUAGCGGGAGAGAAGAGGGUGUGGUUUCUCUGUUCCUCCCAGACCUCAAGAAAUGGGAGAAUCUGCAUCCCUUCCCCCAACACACCAAAUAACCUCAAACUAAACCAAGCCCAGCUGGGAGUUACCCCCAACCCAGUUACUCCUGCCUCAUAACCCCAUCCAGUAUAUUCACCUCUUCUUGAUCCAAAUAUGAACCUGCCCAAAGACACCUAGCUUUAAGGGUUCCCCACAAAAUGGCGGCAGGGGAAGAGGCUCUGUCAUCACCUCCAUCUCACAACCUGAAGCCCUCCAGUCUAAAAUCUGUCUCUGUCUCCUCGUGCCCAAGGUGAGCUCUGCCCAGGGACAGGCGACCUGCAUUCCUUGUGGUCCGAGUGGGCAGGUGGGCAAAGGGGGUGCAGAGUUUCUUGCCCCUCUUCUCCCUACAACAUGAGUCUUAAAUAUCUGAGCUCAUAUGAGCUUCUCUGAGCAACCAAAUACCCAUUUCCCCCUUCCCAGAUCCAAAGCACUGGCUCCUCCGCAGGGGGUCCUCCUUACCCAUUUGAUUUUUAUUUUUGAAAGAGAUUAGUUUGAGUCAGGGUUUUGGCAGUCUUGAAUCGCCUGUAGAAUGAGCACAGAGGCUGGGGAGCACUCCCCAUCUCCCCUCCCUCAACUCUUGGGGUCCGAAGAGCACCUCUUUCCCACUUCUCCCUCUACCAGCCUAUGGCAUCCAGAGCACCACAGUCCCUCCUUAUCCAGCUCUGCCAUGCUCUAAAGCCAAAGCCCCAGCCACUCCCUCAAUCACUCUCUCUCCAAGGCUGCCCAGUAUUGUGCCAAAAAGGGAAGGGUCUUGGGGGAAGGAAAGCCCAUGGCUUAGAGGACCCCAAAACUGUCUCCUGUGCUCUUAUAGAGUAAUGCUAGUACCAAUGACAAGACUCCAGAAAGGCUGGGCUCUGGCCCUCCACAAUAGUGCCCUCUGCACAAGGCACAGCAGCAGCUGUAACUAAAAAACGUGGCUGAGGAGCAAGAGGGCUAAGAAUAGCCCCAAACAUCAAGUCCUUGAGGAAAUGACAUCCUCUUCUCUGGUUGGGCCUGGUCUAACUGCUUUGUUGGAAAUAAAUAACCAAAACGG